AUGGCGGCCUUUACACUUCCGGAUCCUCCGUCUGCAAACAAGACCAAUCUUGCCAUUGCAGAGCUUGUCCUCUAUAUCCUUCUUUUCUUUCCGGCCGGACCGCUCGUGUGGAAACAUGGCAAAGCUGGCAUGACCUGCUGGCCGAUAUUUCUCUCGUACUUCCCACUUCGGUUCGUUGCCGACGGAUACCAGAUUGCCAAGCGCAAUGAUCCCGAGAUUCCCAAUGCGGUCAUUAUCAUGACUACCGCCGGAAGCAUUGCUUGUCUGUCGCUGACAGUAAUUGGAUUGAUCUACGAAGUGAACGUCAUCCUUCCACUGCCACCAAAACGAUGGACCGAACGAAUCCUUCUCGCCGUUACUCAUCUCUCCAUCACCGCUGGCAUCACACUAUCCACCUAUGGAGGGGCUCCCAAGUUCGGAGCUCCUGGUGGUGUCGUUUCGCAACAUCUGAAUCAGAUCGGCACCUGCAUGAUGUUGUUCGUCAUGAUAUUCGGUGUUGGCUGGUGGCUUUGGUGGACAGGAAAACGUGUCACAGCCAUGAAAUCACACCCAAACUUCAUCCCCGCCAAAUUCCUGCUUCUCACAGCAAUCGCGGCGUUUCCGUUCCAGCUUGUCCGGCUGGGCUAUACCUUGACUUACUCCUUCACCCCAUACUCGAGUUUGGAUCCCAUUUCUGGGUCAUUUGCUACCAGGCUGGUGCUUAUGUUUGGUAUGCAGAUGAUCGUUGCUGUAAUUGUUACUGUGGGUGGCUGGCGCGGGACUGGUGCCGUACCAAAUUCUGCCCAAAGUGGCGCACGCCAGGGAUUUGGAACCGUUGCGAACCCAUGGAUAUGA